UUAACAUUUAAAACAUCUGCAAAAUGGUCCACAAGAAGGACAUCCGACGCGUGGUGUACGGCACCUGUGUGGUGGUGGCUCCGCCCGGUGAGGGGAGCAGCGCCGCAAACGAGCCUAGCCGGGUGACCGUCAGCGUUCGGCGGCGCCGAGGAUUCUGCGGGAUACUGGCUGGCCCCUGGAAGGAGCUGGUAUCGUUUUCGUUCAGCGACCGGCUCAAGGCCCCAUUCUUCGACAGAGCCUUCCUUGACUUGGAGCGAGUCUUCAAGUACAACAGGAAGGCGGAUGCUAGCGCCGCGCAGGUCAAGAUCUGCGUGACACUGCGCAGCGGCGUGACUCGCGUUGCCCGCGUGAGUCUCGACGACUUUAUGGGGCAGCUGCUGCAGAGCGGCCGCCAAGAGUGUUUUUUCCUUCAUGUCUACGAGGAAAAGGUUGUCCUUCUUCAGGCCCACACGCCAUUGCCGGAGGUGCCAACGGAAUGGCCGUUUGACGAGGUGGCAAAUAACACUCACCGAGGCCAAAUGGGUGGAAAGGACCACGCCAGCAACGACCCCAAUGUCACCGGGCCAGAAAAGACGGAAACUACUGACCAUAGGGUCGAAAAUAACGCUCCUACUAAUGACAGUGCACGCAAAGCAGAAAAGCUGUUCCCUGCUGAAAACAAAGAAAGUAAUGUGGCAGAAAAUGACAGAGAUACUCAAGAGGAAACUGUGAACGACGAGAAGAAGGAGGCUCUCAAUGACAGAAAGGAAAGUGGACGAGGACACGAAGAUUCCGAUGAGAGUGACUGGGAGACCUUGGAAGUCACUGCAUACACAGGCGAGGAGAGCGAUCUGAGCACUGACGAAGGCACUGACGAAGAAGAUGAAUGCGAGGCUGAUGACGAGGACUCACAGGACAGUGAACGGGAGCCUGAUGGGAACACAGGGGAGACUGAUGUAGAGACGGAGGAGACGGAAUGGGAAACCGACGAAGAACACUCCGAGGAGGAGACUGAACAAGACUCUGACGAAGACUCGGAAGGAAGUGGGUGGGAGACAACUGAAGACGACGCCGAGGAGGACACUGAUGAAGGCCUAGGGAGCGAGCGUGGCAGCGGUCGCGGCCUUCUGGCAAGGCUGAGGGCGGCGUGGAGACACCACUGCCGCGGCCUGCUUGUGGCCGCCGAAGUGGCCUUGAUAAUAGGCACUCUGAAAGUGUGGGGGCCACCCGCUUACAUUGCGAACUGGCGUUGGGGCAGCACUGGUGGAGAGCUGUGAGGGGCGCGAGGAAGCCUCCCUUAGGGACGCGUCGAAGGCCCCCUUCUACGCCCACGCCUUCAUGUACCCGAGCACAUGUUCGGGUGCAACGGAAGGCGGCGCGGCGAGAGGCCGAUGGCCGACGCGGGCCUUGGAGGCUUCCUUAUGAACACGCUAAAGGCACCCCUUCUACGCCCACGCCUUCAUGUACCCAAGCACAUGUUCGGGUGCAACGGAAGGCGUUGCGGCGAGAGGCCGAUGGCCGACGCGGGCCUUGGAGGCUUCCUUAUGAACACACCAAAGGCACCCCUUCUACGCCGACGCCUUCAUGUACCCGAGCACGUGUUUGGGUGCAACGGAAGGCGGCGCGGCGAGAAGCGUGUGGCCGGCGUGGCCCGGGAGGCUUCCUGGCCGGAUGCUUGGAAACGCCGUACCUAACCCGUCCCUCUGAUAUCCUCUCCUCUGAUUCUGCCCCGACUCGUUACUUCAAGGGAACUUCGCGACGCCAUCUCUGUACUCGCAAAAACCAUCACAGCCUCGCCUCUCCGAAUAGGUACACGUCCCGUCCCUCGGAGGUUCAGGCUCCCAGUACAACUAUAACCCAUGGCCAGAGGAGACGGACCGGGUUAUCAAGAGUGAUUUUCACGUUCAAGGUCCAGAGGACGUGUACAACUAGCACCUGCAUUACAAUAUUGUCCAUGAAAACUCCUGCAGCUUCCACGAGAGGCUUUUCAAAUAGGCGAAUUGAGGCGUGAGUACUCUUGUGCGGUGGAAUCAUACAUCGCACGCCUGGGCACGCUGCUCUCCCUACCGUCUGGAGUUUUCCUUCCACCUUCGCAAAUUCCAAAAGGGUUGUAGAAAAAAGGAAAAAAAGGACGUGCCCCAAGAUUGUGUCGCUGCUGUAUUUCUCAGUGUUUCUCUUACUUAUCAUCG